GAGCAGUUAGCCCACGAUUUACGUUUGCCUCUUUACCAAUUAGAAGAUUUGGUGGCCGGCAAAAGUAGCAUUACUCCGGAAAUUGCUUAUCGCUUGUCUUGUUAUUUUCAAAUUGCGCCGGAAGUGUUUCUUAACUUGCAACAACGUUACGAUUUAGAAAUUUGA